CCUGUUGUAAUCGUCGGUGGAGGUGCUUGGGGUCUCUCUACUGCUCUCCAUCUUCACCGGACUGGAUACACCAACAUCACUGUCUUCGAAACAGCUGAUUCUAUCCCAUCUCGCUACUCUGCGGCCUACGAUAUAAACAAGAUUCAAGCCAUUGAAGCCUGGAAAGANCCCCUGUUCGGCCCAUACUAUCAUGAAACUGGAUACAUCGUAGCGACUUCUGCAUCUGCUCCUGCAAAGGCGAAGAAAAGUCUGGAAACUGCACUUGCGUCUGUGUCCAAGCAUCCAGUCUUCGCCCCUGGAAUCGAAGCGUUAGACAGCGCCGACGAGUUCAAGAAAUAUGCCUGGCAGAUCACAGGACCGCUGAAGGGAUUCACUGGAUACUUCAAUCGUCUGGCUGGCUACGCGCAUUCCGCCAAUGCGCUGAAGGGCAUCUUUCUCCACUGUGCGACUCUUGGAAUCAAGUUUGUGCUUGGAAAAACAGCUGGUACCGUUACAGAACUUGUAUAUGAAGGCCAAGGCAAGGGUCGAAGAUGCAUUGGCGUACGCACGGCAGAUGGCAGCACACAUCCCGCUGCAAAGACGAUAGUAGCAUCUGGGGCUUAUGGAGCCUCACUAGUCCCAGAGAUGGGUCGUUUCGUCACUGCCCGUAGUUGGUCCGUCGCUCACGUCCAGCUCACAGAGCAGGAAUGCGAUUACCUGCGUGGUCUACCCGUCAUCAACGUCCGCGACCUCGGUUUCUUCUUCGAACCAGAUCCUGCUACAAGAUUAUUCAAAUUAUGUCCUCUGGGUGCUGGGUUCAGCAAUACGAAUAAACAGGGUACCUCUCUACCACCCAUGGACAGAAUACCACCACCCCAAGACUUUAUACCCGCAGAAGACGAGAUCAAGUUGAAGAAACUGUUGGCAGAGACGUUUCCAUGGAUGGCAGAUCGGCCAUUUGUUGAUAAGAAGUUGUGCUGGUUUGCUGAUACCAGUGAUUCAGAGUAUUGUAUUGAUUUCUUGCCGGAUACCAAUAACUCUGUUAUUGUGUUGUCUGGUGAUUCUGGUCAUGGGUUCAAGAUGAUGCCAAUCUUUGGCAAGUGGGUGGUUGAGUUGUUAGAGAAUGGGAAACAGAAUAUAGAUAGAUGGUGCUGGAAGACCAAGGAUGAAAGGGGCCAAGAUUGGGGUGAUGGAGUCAGUUGGCGUAUCGGAAAGUCGAGAGAGUUGAGUGACUUGAUCGAUGAAGCGAGAAGGGGAAGUCUGCAGGCUCGUUUGUAG